CCCAGGGGAUUAGACAACUGGAAAAAACUGAGAGAAAUGAAUUCGAAAAGAAUGAGGAACCUGCAUGCUACCUCCCUCAGGUAAAGGCCAGUCCUGGGGAGGAGAGCACCGCCAUGGCUACUGGGGCAGACUUUAAGGCUGCAGGGGAAAAUAUCCCCAAUGAUGGCGACUCCCACCUCGCUGAGGAGCGAUCUUGCAGGAAAGGCUUUUGCACAGUCCGACAUGGGCUGGCCAUCAUUUUGCAGCUCUGUAACUUUUCAAUCUACACCCAACAAAUGAAUCUGAGCAUCGCCAUUACAGCUAUGGUGAACCACACAGAGGCCAGCCAGCCCAACUCCUCCACAGAGCAGCCCUUUGUGGAUGCCCAGGGCAACUGGAAUGAAACCUUAAAGGAAGCAAAGGCACUGGCCCCUGUUUAUAACUGGAGUCCUGAAAUCCAGGGAGUCCUCCUCAGCUGCCUCAACUAUGGCUCAUUCCUGGCUCUGAUCCCCACUGGCUAUGUGGCUGGGAUAUUUGGAGCCAAGUAUGUGGUUGGCUUUGGCUUGUUUGUUUCCUCAGUCCUGACGCUCUUCUUUCCACUGGCGGCUGAUGUUGGAGUGGCCUUGCUCAUUGUCUUCCGGGUCAUCCAAGGCAUUGCCCAGGUUAUGGUAUUAACAGGUCAAUACUCAAUUUGGGUCAAAUGGGCUCCCCCACUGGAAAGGAGUCAACUCACCACCAUUGCUGGGUCAGGGUCAAUGCUGGGGACCUUCAUUGUUCUCCUUGUUGGUGGUCUCCUCUGCCAGACCAUAGGAUGGCCUUAUAUCUUUUAUAUAUUUGGUGGAAUUGGCUGUGCCUGCUGCCUUCUCUGGUUUCCUCUGGUCUAUAAUGACCCUGGGAGUCAUCCCUUCAUCAGUACCAGUGAGAAGAGGUUCAUUGUGCGCUCAUUGUCUCAGCAGGACUGUUCUCCUGGCUGGUCUCUUCCAAUUAAAGCUAUGAUCAAAUGUCUACCACUUUGGGCCAUUAUAGUCUCCUAUUUCUGUGAAUACUGGCUUUUCAAUAUCAUAAUGGCAUACACGCCCACUUAUAUCAGCUCUGUACUUCAAGCCAGCCCCAAAGAUAGUGGGAUCCUCUCGGCCCUGCCCUUCGUUGUUGGUUGCAUCUGCAUUGUCCUUGGAGGCCUAUUGGCAGAUUUUCUUCUCUCCAGAAAAAUCCUCAGACUCGUCACCAUCAGGAAAGUCUUCACUGCCAUAGGAGUUUUCUUCUCAUGUAUGUUUCUGGUACCUCUGCCUUGGGUCAGAUCCAGCCAAGGCGCCACCAUGACCUUCUUGGUUCUGUCUGCUGCCUCCAGCAGCUUCUGUGAAUCAGGAGCCCUUAUUAACUUCUUGGAUAUCGCUCCUCGGUAUGCUGGCUUCCUCAAGGGACUAUUGCAGGUCUUUUCACACAUAGCUGGAGCCAUCUCUCCCACUGUAACUGGAGUUCUCAUCAGUCAGGGUUCAGAUUCAGAGGCUGGAUGGAGAAAUGUGUUCUUGAUUGCAGCUGCUAUUGAUAUAGUGGGACUGAUCUUCUACCUCAUUUUUGCCAAAGCAGAAGUGCAAGACUGGGCAAAGGAUCAGGCACUCACCCACCUCUGAGCCCAUGGAGUGCUGUGUGAGGUCCCAACAUUUGCUAGUUCCCUAUUUUCCACACAGCCUUACCCUUUUGGGUCUGCUUGACUGAUUUGCCAUUUAAUUGCAAUUGGCUUUGUUUCCAGUGUCUUCUCAGAAACCUUGACUAUCUAAUAUGGAAGGUUUUAGCAAGAUUGGAAUUUUUUUAUAGGAGAAAAAAGGCUCAUUAUUUAAUAUGAGAAGUAUAUGCAUAUAUGCAUGAAUUUCUCAAUGUCUUCUAUGCUUCUCACUGUUUUGCUGAAAAAAGCAUCAAGUAUAGGAGGACAUUUUUCUCACUAAAGUGGAAGAGAAAGCAGGACCAUGGCAGUGAGGCUGAGAAUUACCAGGAAAGUGGGAACCAAACACCAGAAGAUGAACCCAAGAGCUUCCAUCAAAAGAAAGGCAGAGGCUAUGGGAAGCAGUGUCCCCAACCUCAAGUCUGGGGCCAGGAGGCCCUGCUCCAAAGCUAAGUGGCUCUCACAUGCCUGAGGAGGAGAAUAGGGCACUGCAGGCUAUGUGUGCUUCCCUGAACAGUGACAAGAAGGACAAUAAAGAGUGAACCCACCAGGACAAGAGGAGUGAACUCUCCUCCAACUAAUGCACGUGGGGCAGUUGACUUCACCUUUCCCAGACAACUCACCUAGCCAGGUGCUAGCUUUGGGCCAGUACCUUCCUUACCUGCACUGUGCAGCACUCCCCAGAGUUGGCUUUUCCAGUGAUGGCUUCUUCCUGGCUAUCUGACCUCUGCCCUACAUCUACCUGGCGGACCCGUGCAGAUGCAUCAGUGAGUGAACUGUCCAGUUCUCUCUUGUCUCCAUGAACCUUUCUUCAGGGGAUCACUCUUGUCUCUGCUUCUCUGAUUCUUGGGGUCUUUCCCACCAUUCAUGGGCCUCAUUCAGUGUUCACUCCAGUAGCCUAAAAUACCUCUGGAAAUGUACACACUACUUGACCCCACUGCAAAUGUCCAGAGAGUGCACAGCGUGCAUCUGCUUUUGUUAAGGUCCACAUGGGCAGCUGAGGGUCCAUGAAGGAGAAUGAAAAUGUGAACAUUAAAUGAAUAUCACUGAAUACAUUUUUACUCCUAAGCGCAUGGCAGAAAGAGAAAUCAUACAUAGCUUGAAGAAGCUCAACAUCUCAGGAGGAAAGACCCCUUUAUUCAGAGUAUCCUACCAUGGGCUGUGUAAUGACAGCUGUGGAGAGCAGCAGAAUGGGGUAUGGCAUGCUGGAGGAGCAGGCGCGCUAACUGGAGUGUGAGCAGGGCCACUGCUCUGAAGUGCAGUAACUGGUGCAGGAGGGGAAGAAGGUGAACGUUCUAGGAAGGAGGCACAGCAAAAGCAAAGGUUUGGUGGCAGAAAAGAGCAACCACGAGCGUCCAGAGAGCAGAGAAUUAGAGAAGCAGGGCUUGUGAGAAGUUGUAGAAGUGUUAAAGUCAAAAUCACACAAGGGACCAUGUGCCCAGUGAAGGAAAGGUCAUAAACAGGGUUUUGUUUUUCAUAAGUUACUCUCAGGGACUGGGAUGGAGUAAGGGGAUGCAGUACAGCGCAGAAAAGCGUGAUGGCCACUGGCAUGAGGGGCAGGAUGCAGUGCGGGGGGAGCGAGCUACUUGUUUUCGGAGUCAAACCUGACAAGGCUCUAAUACUGAGAGCAGAAGACACCUAGAGUGAGACUUGGGUUUUGUUUGCUGCUCGGUCCAUGGGUGUCCCUCUCAGGAAGUUAGCAGCCACACCCUAGUGAAGAUCAUAAGAAGGAAAAUGGCCACAUGAGUCUGGACUUUACUUGUGAGCUCUGGAUUCCAGUGAUAAAUUUAGGAAUCAUCUAGAUGGAGAUUGCGAUGAACAUUUUUAGUAUGAGUGAGAUUGUCUAAGGGAGAAAAUGGCAUAAAGAAGCAAAGCCUGAAAGUUUGAGAACGAGUUUUCAAGGACUCUAGUAUUUAAUGGUGAGCUGGAGGGAUAUUGGAGAAGGAAGGAAGAAAGGAAGGAAAGAAGAAAGGAAGAAAUAAGGAAGGAAAGGAGGGUGGGAGGAAGGGAGGGAGAAAGGGAAGGAAGGAGGGAAACGUAGAAGGAAAAGUAAGAGAGCAUGAUAUUAAGAUAGGGAAAGAAAGCGAGAAUGUGUUUCCAAAAGGAGCGCAUACUCACUGCUGUUGAGUCUGCACAUCAGGCCAGAUGAGCCGUGAGUAGAAAACAGAAAGCAGAGCGCUGCUGGGAAGUCUAGGUGUGGAGGCCGAAAAGAGAUGAGAAAGUAGCUGCAGAAGGGCACCGGAUAAGGAAGAGUUUCAACAUGCAUGUUUCAGACUGAUGAAGGGAAUGAGUGGUGGCAGAAAGCUGCAUGUGGAGAAGAACAAAGCCUAAAUGAAUGGGAAGUUCCCGAGAAGGACACAGGCAGGGCGCAUUGGGACCUGAGGCCCAGUUAGGAGGGGGACGGCAGAGGGAAUGGGGACAGCUUCUGCCUUUUCACCGACCAUUCAAGGUCAGGUCCAGGUCCACCAGCAGACCGUCUUGCCUAUUUCUGAGCAGUUAUUCCCCUCUUUUCCUUCCCUGACUCUUAUUCCUUUCUCAUCUGUCACCUUCAGUUGCUUUUGCAAACAAGCUUGAUUUCUCCCUACGCCUCCCAACGAGAUUGGGAUUAACAUUUUUAGCAUGAAUGAGAUUGUUUUUCCUCCAAAUAAGCCAUCCUGAAAGUACAGAAAGCUAAGAUUUCCCACCAGUCUGCCCAUCAGCAAUGAGGGGGAGUGAAGGCUGAGCAUUGGGGAAAAGGUCUUUCACGAUGUGUUAGAAUAAAAUUUUAACAUAUGCUUGUUUAUUGGGUUAUUUAACAAUCAUUUAUAAAUAACUGAUACAAAGAGGAAGGCAGACAUAAAUAAACCCAUUUUUUUUUUAAACUGAGACCUGUAACAUGUUUCAAACAACACGUGCUAUAAAGAGAAGCAGAUAGCCUGUGCAGUGAAUGUGUAUUGAACAUUGGUGUGCACCACGCAUUAAGUAAAUAAAAUAAAAGUCCCUCCACUUGUGAAGAUGGAGAUGGCCCCGGGAUUCUCUGUUCCACCUUCUUCCUGGCACUGGUGACUGCCCUGCAGCCCGGCCUCCUGUGCAGGUCCCUUGUCCUUUCAUUGAGGAGGUCACUCCCAGGCUCUCCAGGUGUUCCACUUUACAAAGAAUUUUGCACAGAAAGAAAAGAAAUGUAUCAAAAUGUCAUUGGUGAGUCUUUAUUGAAAGAGCAUAGAAAGUAUUUUUAACAUUUCAAAGGGAUGGUCUAGUCUAUUCCUCUCAACUGUCUUUCUGCUCUGUGAGAGGUUACCCUAAGUGUUUUUUACUUUUUUUGACAU